UCAACUACGAAUGCUAUAUUACUUUCCUUAAUGGCUGCUACAGCUACGAGUGGGAAGCCAAACAGGAGAAAAAACCUAGACGUCCGCUCUGCUGCUGUUCUUGGAGAGAACAAUUAUUUUACCCAUGGCUGAUUAUUUCAUUUUGCAUGUCUGUGCUUUUGCUGUUCACAUGGAUAGAGACUUCAAAUGAAUACUUUGGCUUUGACUGGGUUGUUUUUCUAAGUACAGGAGUCUGGUUCUUCUGGUCCAUUGUCUUGCUGAGUUUAUUUGGGAUCCUGGCUGCCUACACAUCAUUGCUAUUGGUUGUUGGAUUUUUGUUGUGUUGGGAAAAAAAGGAACUUUACCUGCACUGGUAUCAUAAGAUCCUGAUUCUGCUAGUGAUUGUGACAUCCUUUUCUUUUUUGAACAUUUUGUGCACUCACUGGAAAGAGAGGUGGCUCACUGUUGGGCUGUCACUGCAGGUCUUUGCUCCCUACAUACAUCUGAGCAGCAUAUCUGUGAUGGUUAUGCUUUCCUGGCCUGUGGCCUUCUACUUGAUCCAUUUGGAAGGAGAAGCUAGGAUCAGAAGAUACAAGAUUACAAGUAACGAAAGAAAAAGAAACAAGAGGUGUAACAUGCUCACAAAGUUGAGAGCUCUACAAGUGGCUAUUGGAUUGCCCUUUUUUCUUAUCCUUUUGUGUCUCUAUGUGGUGCCAUUGGGGACUUACUCUCCCUGCAUUCAGGAGAAGGAUAAUUUGGGACCCAAGCCGAAAUUCUUUGGACAUAGAGGUGCACCCAUGUUGGGGCCUGAGAAUACCAUGAUGUCCUUUGAGAAAGCUAUUGAACAUGGGGCCAUUGGGCUGGAGAGUGAUGUACAAAUAAGUUAUGAUCAGGUGCCUUUUCUCAUGCAUGACUAUGACCUGAGAAGAACAACCAAUAUCAAGGAGGUCCUGCCAAAUGAAUCCCGCCAACACCCUUGCUUGUUUAAGUGGAAUUUCCUGUCGACUCUGAAUGCAGGAAAAUGGUUUUCACAUUCAUGGAUCAGACCAUUUUACCAUAUGAAGCCCCUAUCAGAGGCUGAUAGAGAAAGAGCAGGAAAUCAGAGGAUUCCCAAACUAACUGAAUUAUUGGAACUUGCACAGAGGAAAAAAAAAUUGGUGAUAUUUGAUCUUAAUUCUCCUCCACCAAAACAUCCUUCCAGAACAUCUUAUAUCCACCUUGUAGUAAGCGUGAUCCUUGCCUCUAAAAUUGAGCAACAUCUGAUUGCUUGGUUACCAGAUGCUGAGAGAAAAUAUAUCAGAAACAAAGCUCCUGGUUUUCAGCACGUGGGCGCAUUUUACACCCUUGACGAACUUGCGAGAGAAAAUAUCAGUAGAAUAAAUGUUGACUAUAAGAGGUUGUACUACAACGGAUUGAGAGAAUAUAAAGCAGCUAAUAUCAACAUCAACUUAUACGUCGUCAAUGAACCUUGGCUCUUCUCACUGGCCUGGUGCUCCAGGAUUCACUCAGUGACCACAGACAACAUUCAGCUCCUGAAUGAGAUAAAUCACCCUUACUUCUUCAUGACACCAAAUUUCUAUAUGUUCAUGUGGAUUCUCAUGGAUAUUCUUUCUGCAGUUUUCAUUGGUGCCAUAUUUUACUUUCAUUGGUGGAGAGAGAGCCAAAGUGAAAAAAUCCUCAAAGGUAUCACCAGUUACACAGAAACUCCAAGUGCAAGCCUCCAAGAUGAAGCUUUGAAAGUUACAGAAAGCCCUGGACUGACUAAGGGUGAAAGGGAACAUCCGGUCUCUAAAGCGAUCAUGCCAGAGCCUAUUGAGGAAACUGCCAAACCAACGAUGCCUCCCUAGGAUGACGUUAGACAACCAGUGCCCACUGAGCUGGCCUUUGAACCCACCCAAGCACCCACCUCAGAGGCCCACAGAGAGGCCACCCUCCAAACUGCGUUGCCUACCUUGGAGGCGAAUGAACCAAUUCCCUCCGUGGAGGACCCUCCUCCUGAAACAUAACCUGAAGAGCCCCCCAGUAUUGACUCCUCCCACUAAUCCUCUUUUGUGAUGGUUUCCACCACAUCCACAUGUCCUCCUCCUCCUUUGGGCUGUCUUCAGAGAAGAAUUAGCCACAACGUGCCCCCUUCUUCUUCUUCCUCUCUGUGCCCCAGCAUGACCUGAUGGUAGAGAGGGGUCAAGAAAGGAGUGCAGAAGAACCAGGGAAGCUCUCAGGAAAAACAUUUGGUCCAGGCUUUCAUCUCAAGGGUGUGAACAAAGGGAAAAUAGUUGUGGUCCUGGAGCUGGAGCUGCUUGCUCUCCAUGUAUCACAGGAUUUGUCUCAACCUAACCUUCAUAAUAUUCCCCACUAAGGACGUGGCUGUGGUGAACAUCAGCAUGUAAAUAAAGGCAAUCUCUCAGGAACUCAGAAGGUAAAGGGUACAACUUUUAGACCCCUCUGUGGUCACUCAGGCUGACAAAGACUAGGGGAUGAGUGCCAAAGGGAUGCCAUCCAGAGUCAGAGAAGGAGAGGUGGUAUGGGCAUGAGUCGGGGACAAAGAGCUCAUCCCACGUGCACAUCCUGUGGUACAGAGUGCAGUGGGUGCUUCCUGAUCGCUUGUCAUUGGUUAGUUCCCCAAUGGGGCGAUGGGCAUAGUCCCAUGUCCACCCAAUAGCCUUUGGCCUUGAAAGGAAACUAGAGCUGAGAACAUGUGUCUGGGAGCCCAGUGUUAGAAGCAGCGAGUUGAGUUCCACUGUGUGGCCGUCAGCUAUUCACAGUCCUCCAGGCCUCAUGUUCCCAUGUAUAUGAU